CCCCGGCAUGGAGACGUGGCAGCGGCCCUGGUCAUAUGAUCACAGCCCGGGCUCGAACCCCUCCCCGCCUCGGCAGCAGCAGGACUUCCUCUAAAACCAGCCACUUUACCCAGUGUGUGACACAACGUCCACGUCCUACGAAUUUCAAUUUUCAAAUAUCUGCUGUACUUUAUUGAUUCGCACAGGCUCAGUGUGGUUAGUUUGUAGGGGCGGUGGACGACCCCAGAAUAGUCUGCCUUUUGGACUUUACUGCUGACGUUUACACUGGGCUGCAAAUAGCUUCCGAUUCCCCCCGGCGGUGGUCGGGCAGAUCGGGGCUGACUGCUGGCUCAACCCCCGGUACUCUGCACUCCGAUGGAGGAACAGCCCAGAGACCGGCCGCCAGAGAGACACUAUCCCCGCCACCAGCACCCCCACGCCGAAGACAGACCCUCCGCGGCGGACCUGAAUGGGGUGAAACAUGAGCAGAUCCACCUCCAGCACCAGGAAACGCAGGCGAAGAAAACAGGAAGCAGAAGGUUGACCGGCGGAUCGGAGCACGACGCCGCGGAGAAGACCUCGGCCUGCCCGGCGGGCAUGUCCCAUCCCCCCGGUAGCCAUGGCAACCGACACGUGAUCAACUCCACCCUGAAGCAGACCCACCCCGGCUCCGCCUCCUCGACGCUCGCCUCCGCCGCCGGGCCCCCGAGGGCCGCCGGCCGGAACAACGCCGCCGCGGAGCUGCGGAGGCAGCAGAGCUCCGACCAGCUGAGGCCCGGGAAGGACAAGGAGGCGGCGCCGGUCCCCAACGGGCUGCCCGGCGGCCCGCUCACCAACGGGUACUCCAGCGGCGGCAGGCCAGCCGCCGACGGGCCGGGCGAGGGCGGCUACAGCAGCCAGAAGAGGCUGAGGGCCCGCGGCGGCGGUGCCGCCAUGGUCCGCAACGCCGAGAACAUGAUCCGGGAGGCGGAGAGGGAACCUCGGGGCCCCCCCAGCCCCGACGCCCUUGACAAGGGCCUGUCCUCCCGGCUGGAGGGGCCCCCCCGCACGGCCCCCCGAGGCGAGGGCCCCGGCGCCACGGCGGUCGACCCCCAGAGGAAGAACGGCGAGGGGAAGGGCGUGGCGGUGUUCGGGAAGAAACCCGACGAGAAGCACAAAGGCGGCGGCGGCAAGCACUUGUCGCCCCCCUCCAAGGAGGACUCGUGGACGCUGUUCAAGCCCCCGCCCGUGUUCCCCGUGGACAACAGCAGCGCCAAGAUCGUCCCCAAGAUCAGUUAUGCAAGCAAGGUCAAGGAGAACCUCAACAAGGAGGCGGCGGCGGCGGCGGCGGCGGCUGUGGCCCCGCCCCCCGCCCCCGUCAGACUGUCCCAGGUGCCCAUGUCCGCCAUGAAGACCAUCUCCUCCGUUAGCUUUACCAACGGGCCCCUCCCGGGGAACGGACACCCUCUUGGGGGGACGUACUUCGCCCCGGGCGCGGCCCAGGCCUCGUGUCUCCCCCCCGGGGAGGCGGGGGCCGCGGCGGGGCCCGGCGGUGACGGGGACGCCUUCGAACUGAAGAAGUGCGCCCUGCUGAUCUACCCUUUAAAUAUGCAACCCGUGCUGCCCAGCGCGCGGCCCCACGACCCGCAGGCACCGCCGACCAAUCAGAAGGCCUUGGGGGAGAUCUUCCAGAACCAGUGGGGGCUGUCCUUCAUCAACGAGCCCGGCCUGGGGCCCGAGGGCGGGGACAAGGCGGCGGCGGCGGCGGCGGCGGCGGCGGCGGCGGCGGCGGGCCCCCCGGCCCCGGAGCCCGUCACGUUCGCCCCGGACUCUAGAAGGACUUGCGUCCCCCACGGCCGCUCGGCCACCUUCGGGCCCCUCACCCCCGAGAGGGAGGACGAGGACAAGCCCGGGGUGAGGGGCCCCGAUAAGGCUCGGCUGGAGCCCAGGGGCCCGACCGGCGGCGGGGGCGGGGCGCAGGCCAGAGAGGGCGGGGCUAAGACGGGCCCCUCCUCCCUGCCCACGCUGACGUUUGGGUCGUCCAAGGACCGUAGCCCCCCCGGGGGUCUGGACCGGAGGGCGAGCUGGGGCGCGUUCGACGUCAGAGCUGCUGUCACCUAUCACACUAAAGAAAUCGAAUACAUUUUCAACCUGCAAAAACAAGAUCCAAAAAGGGUGGUGGUGUAUAAGGAGAGCCAAGAUGGAGGCCACCAGUGAGCCCUCUACGCUGGGCCAGCCUCCCCUGGGGCCAGCCCUCACCUGGGGACGGUCUCACCUGGCGCUGCGGUCUACAACGUCCUGAAGUCCGGACUCCUGUGGGACGACAACACCAGCGGUUGUGAAGCGAGAGCGAGGGGGUGACGCUGGGACCACACUGCGGAGCUCGGGGCGUGGGGCGGAAGGGCCCGUAACAUUUAGAAACCAAGACUUCGGGGCGUCUCCGGGCACGAACCCUGGGAGGGGAGCGACACUGCGUCGGACGUCCAUCUCACGGCUUCCUCUGACUCCCGUCGAGGGGAGGGGCCAGUGUAGCUUGGCCACACCCCUCUAGUCCCCCCCCCCCCCCCCCCCCCCCCUGUCCCUGUCCCGUCGGCCAACGAACUGUGGCGACCUCCAGUCUGACUCUAUGCCGGCCGCGGGGCCGGGUCGCUGCGAUGGGGAACUCUUUGUGCGGUGAGUGGAGCGAGGGAGAGGUGACGGUGGAACGCUUAAAAAAACAAAAACAGAAAAAAAAAAAAAAAAAAAAACCAGAGGAGGAGCCGAGCGCCUUGAUUGGCCGCUUGGUCUUCGCAC